UAGUGCAGUUGAUAUAUUAACAAAGCUGGGAAAAGAAUACUGUUCAGUUAAGAAGUUUGUCUCUCGUGUACAACGUGUUGAGUAUCCUCGACUAAUAAAUGUCAGUGUUUAGUAAUACAACUAUUAUAUUUAUUGAUAACAUUUCAUAAACAAUAAUAAAUAUGAUUAGUUCAGUGUUCAAAACAACAGGCAAGUAAUCUUUAUAUUUAAAGAUGGAGUGAUGAAUGUGCGGUUUUACAAUUUAUUAUUUCCACUACGUGUCUACGUAGUAACUCCGUUUUAUUGAUUGAAGCAUAACCGCUUAUAGAUAAGGAAAAGUUAAUUAGGUACCGCGAGGCUGUUAAAAAUUAUAAUAAACAUUCAAGGUUUAAAUUCCAACAUUCGCCAAUAGUAGUUCAUUAAUAGAGGUGAUAAAUAUUUUAUAAUAUAGAAAUUGAUAGAAGUGAUUCGUAAAACCAUGAAUGAAACACAUACUAAUAUUUUCCAACAAUUUUACAAUGAGUUAAAGUCAGACAGUACGAUUGACUCGUGGCCACUUGUUAAUUCACCAUGGCCAAUAUGCAUUAUUUUAGCACUGUACUUGACAUUUGUACUCAAACUCGGUCCAAAACUUAUGAAAAACCGAGAACCAAUGAACAUAAAGUACCUAAUCCUAUUCUACAACUUAAUGCAGACUAUGUUUAAUAGUUACAUUUUUGCUUACCAAUUCAUUAGACCAGAAAUUUUUAAUUAUAUAUGGAACCAUGCAUGUCAUCCUGAUAAUACCAAAAGUAACAUUGUACAUGAGCUACAUAUUGCUUCGUGGUAUUUUGCCAUAUCAAAAAUCAUAGACUUAUUCGACACAGUGUUUUUUGUAUUGAAAAAAAAACAAUCGCACAUUUCAUUUUUACAUGUUUACCAUCAUGUUAACAUGGUAAUCACUUGUUUUGUCCAUCUCAGAUUCAUCAAAAGUGAAAAUGCUGCAAUCGGGACCAUCGUUAAUUCAUUUGUUCACGUGGCCAUGUACAGUUACUAUUUCUUAGCAGCGCUUGGACCAAGCUUCCAAAAACAUUUAUGGUGGAAAAAAUACCUGACCCGUAUACAAAUUAUACAAUUUAUAUUUGGCAUACUUUAUUGUGUCAGCCUUUUCGUGUUUAAUUGCACUUAUUCUAAAUUAUUUAUUGCAUACAUAUUGUCCGACGUACUCGUAUUUCUUUAUUUGUUUUUGAAAUUCUAUAAGAAAACCUACAAACCAAAAGGCAAGAUCCAGUGAACCCGACAACUAUAAAGACAUUUUAAUGUGUGUGUACAUACAAUUUGUAUCGUUAAUUUAUCAUCAAUAGGUACCUAUACGAAAUUCAAUAUUGAUUAAAGUAAAUAAAAUUAUGAUUUGUUUUAAAAUGUAAAUUUACAUAUUUUAUAUCUUCUACGAAUUUUAUUAUAUGAAUAUUUAAAACUAAAUAAUGUUUAUUGUGUUAAUAAAUAAAUAAAUAUAAGUUGUGAUUUCAAUUAAAACAUUUAUUAUGUUUAUGCUGAAAAUAUAUAGUUUGUUUUACACUUUUUAUGAGUGCACUGUUUAAAAGUACUUAUUUACCGCAUUUAUAUUUUACGACGGAUGUGUUUCAUAUUUUCCUCUAUGUUUAGUUAUUAUUUUGCUCUGUUUAUUAUUAAAGACUCGUAAUGUAUUAUCAAAAUUGAAAUAACAAUAAAUUAAUUAAUAAAAAAAAACAAUACCUAUUAUGUAUAAUAUAUUAAUAAAUAUAAUGUAUUAAUUUUAUUUCA